AUGUCCAAGGCUCCUGCGCUGGAAUUAAUUAAAUGCAACACUACCUUAAAUGAAGAUGGUAAAGUAGUGGGUGAUGAAUAUUGUAAACAAGAACUCGGACCUGGAUAUGUGUGUGCCACUUCAAGUCCAGCAGGAUACUGUAUUUAUGCCUGUCAUGAUAAUCCUGAAGAUUGCGCGAAAACACAAUACUGUGACACAAUAGUAUCUCCAGAGCAUCCACGUUGGCUAUGUACUUGUGAGGUAGAUGAAGAUUGUCUUAAACCCUCUAUCGGGACAGCAUUUUGUAAUAAAACUUUUAACCAUUGUGAGGGCAGCUAUCAAUAA